AUGGAUAAAUACCCCUCGUGGGACUCCUGGCGAGCCCUCGCAGGGCCCACCUCGACUCGAUCCGAUCGUCGGGCCGACCCGACCCCGACCCAGCCGGGCCCUCGUCUCCGAAAGUGCCACAGUACGACCCGAGGCGGCCCGAUCCAGAGGAGGCCUGGCGCGGCCGAGCCGCGACCCCAGUGCCGGCGCGGCCCGUGGCGCUGCAGGCAACCGAGCCGCCCCGAGCUGGCGGCCCGCUGCUGGCUGCUCCAGGAGCUGUGGCUGUACAUCAACAGCAUCGGCGACGAGGGCGCGCGGGCCCUGGCGGGGGCGCUGCCCUCCCUGCCCGGCCUGCAGGAGCUGCGCCUGUACAACAACAGAG